CUCUCUCUGCUGCCUCACUCAUUCCCUGAGCAGCACACUGAACUGGAUAACGUCUCCUUCAACCCGCAGCACAGACUCAUUUCUCUACACACCAGCUCUGAGUGGAUGCUCAGCAGGGGUGUUUGAGAUAUUAGCGCACUGUGGGGGGGAAAGGCUCAGGGACUUCUACCAUCCACAUACAAAGAGCCGGCAGUCAGGAGGAAUAUGGGCAAAUCCGAAAGUCAAAUGGAUAUCAUGGAGAAAUCAAGUAAACCUGGAAAGCGCCGUUGGACUGUUGCAGAAAUUGGUCUGUCUGUGUUGCUGCUGUUGGUCAGCUGUGCCUUGGCCGGGUUGGUAGUCCUCUACACAUCGGCUGUGAAAGAACAAUAUAACAAAACGAGUGUGUCGAGCUCAACAAGUGAAGACCAGAUGUUUCGCUCCAGCCACAACAGCGUGUGCACAACUGCGGACUGUGUUACUGCAGCUGCUCGGCUCUUGCAGAACAUGGAUAAGUCUGUGAAGCCCUGUGAUAAUUUCUACCAGUAUGCCUGCGGGGGUUGGCUGGAGAGACAUGUCAUCCCAGAGACGAGCUCCCGCCACAGCGUCUUUGACAUUCUGAGGGACAAGUUGGAGAUUGUCCUCAAAGGUGUUCUUGAGACGCAGAAUGAACAGGACAGAAAUGCAAUCAAGAAAGCCAAAGUCCUUUACAACUCCUGCAUGAAUGAGAGCCUCAUAGAGCAGCGCGACUCCCAGCCUCUCCUGCAGCUCAUUGAGAGUAUCGGAGACUGGCCUGUGGCGUCAGAUGACUGGAACACCACUACAGAGGAAGCAUGGAGCCUCGAGGACACACUAGCAAAACUUACCGCUCGUUUCCACAAGAAGGUUCUGCUGGACAUGUACGUGUGGACAGACGACCGGGACUCUCGGCGCCAUGUCAUUUAUAUUGACCAGCCAGGACUUGGUAUGCCAUCAAGAGACUAUUACUUCAAUGAUGGAAACUACAAAAAGGUUCGAAAGGCCUACCUACAUUUCAUGGUUUCUAUUGCAAAGAUAACCCGAGAGGACAGGAACUUGACUCAGGAUGAUGACCGUGUGUGGGAGGAAAUGAUGCAAGUGCUGGAGCUGGAGACAGAAAUCGCCAAUGCCACAUCACCGGCAGAGGAGCGCCAAGAUGUCACCGUUCUCUACAACAAGAUGACACUUGGAGAGUUACAAAGCACAUUCAACUUUAAUGGUUAUAACUGGACACGAUUUAUUCAAGGUGUGCUGUCCAGCGUGUCCAUCGAGGUGCAGCUAGAGGAGGAGGUGGUGGUGUACAGCUCUCCUUACCUUGAGAAGAUGAAUGACGUUCUCUCGAAACACAGUGUCAGAACAAUGCAGAACUACCUCACCUGGCAGCUCAUCAUUGACAGAGUUAACAGUUUGAGCCGCCGUUUUAAAGAUGCCAGAGCUCGUUACAGAAAGACUCUCUAUGGGACCACUGUGGAGGAUGCUUGGUGGCGAGAAUGUGUCCGUUAUGUCCAGAGCAGCAUGGAGAACGCAGUUGGAUCUCUGUAUGUACGUGAGACCUUUGCUGGAGAAAGCAAACGAAUGGUCAGUGACCUUAUCAGUAAGAUCCAGAAAGCAUAUGUGGAAACACUGGAGGAGUUAAGCUGGAUGGAUAUUCCCUCGAAGGAGAAGGCAAAAGAGAAGGCCAUGGCAAUCAAGGAACAUAUCGGCUACCCGGAUCAUAUUCUACAGGAAGGCAACCAGAAGCUUGACCAGGAGUACGCUCAUCUGAAUUUCAGUGAAGAACACUACUUUGAGAACAUCCUCGAGAACCUCAAGUCUGAAGCACACAAGAGUCUGAAGAAGCUCAGAGAACCAGUUGACCCGGACUUGUGGAUUAUUGGUGCUGCUGUAGUGAAUGCAUUCUACUCACCCAACAGAAACCAGAUCGUGUUUCCAGCAGGAAUCCUGCAGCCGCCUUUCUUCAGCAAACAUCAGCAUCAGGCCCUUAACUUCGGUGGAAUAGGAAUGGUUAUCGGACAUGAGAUCACACACGGAUUUGAUGACAAUGGGCGUAAUUUUGACAAGGAUGGUAAUAUGCUAAACUGGUGGAGUAAUUACUCUGCUGAGCAUUUUAAAGAGCAGUCCCAGUGCAUGGUGCAACAAUAUGGAAACUUCAACUGGAAGCUAGCUGGUGGACAAAACGUCAGUGGAAUCAGCACUUUGGGGGAGAACAUUGCAGACAAUGGAGGGGUUCAUCAAGCAUACAAGGCUUACCUAAAGUGGGUGGAGAUGGAGGGGGAGGAGCCUCGUCUACCUGGUCUAGACAUGGAUUACAAGCAACUUUUUUUUCUUAACUUUGCCCAAGUGUGGUGUGGUGCUUAUCGACCUGAGUAUGCCAGCCAGUCCAUCAAGACAGACUCACACAGUCCCUUAGAGUACAGGGUGCUUGGAUCGCUCCAAAAUUUCGAAGCGUUCUCGGAAGCUUUCCAGUGUCAAAAAGGCAGUCAAAUGAACCCUGAGCUGAAGUGUCGUGUCUGGUAGAAAGUUUUACUCUUGAGAAAUGUACUUCUUAAUCUAGGCAACUCAAAUCCAAUGAACAAGUUGUACUUGUCAAACCUACGGCGACAUCCUGCUCAUUUCCAAUUUAUUUGGGGUCAGAGUUAUGACACAAAUAUUUCCAUACACUGUAGAUGUAUUUAACAUGGAUGACAUCCUGGACUUCACCCUAGUUUCAAAACUAAAACCAUGUACAAAAGAAACUUGCUAGAGUAUAUUCUCAAGUUUGAGGUGUUGUCUCUGGAUGAGUAGCUAGGUCACUUGUUUUUGUUGUUGUUGAUGCAUCUCAUGGCAGAUGACGAGUGGGUACAUAUAUAAAAAGGCUACAUAGAAAACUAAGACCUUGUGAAAAAGGUUAGAGCUUAUGGACAACUUUAAAUACUUUGCCAGUCUUUCUUGAAAUAAUCCUUAGAAGAAUUUCUUGUGCCAAUCUUUGUGAUUUAUCAAUUAUCAUUUGGCACUGAGAUGCCUUGGUGUCUUUCUUCUGGUGUAUGGUUUUCCAGACAUUGUGCAGCUUCAGAAGAAACAAUAGUGAACAUAUGUAACUCUGACUGAAGGAUAGAAAACAAAUGAAAGCUUGGGGCUUUGCCGAAGUAAAGCUACAAUAGAAUUAGUCACACUCUAAGAGUUUGGUCAUUCACUGUUACAUGAAACAAAUUACCUAAAGACUUUAAGACUGUUAAAUCAUUGCAGCUUUAACCUUAAAUUAACAUUCUGAGAGAGCUGCGGCUUUCAACAUUUUUACACAGUGGAUAAAAAUGUAAAAUUUACACAGCUAUUUAAGUACUUUUUGGAGGCUAUUUUUUUCUAAGUUUCUUUAUCUCGUCCUGCAAAUGAUUGUUGCUCAAUACUCACUGCAGAAAUGUAUGUGUAGGUCAUUACAGUUUUCCUGUAAGAAACCAUAUUCAAGAUGUUUUGAAAAAUACUGGUACUUUUUUAGCUAGUGAGAAUACACCUGUUGGAGAUAGAGUGAUGUGAUAUGGUUAAAACAAAAUAAUAUAUAUCACUUUAUUGCAUUAAUGGUUACUGCCAAAUUUGGAUCUAGAGUAACUUGCUAAUCACAGCUGUGUUGUGUGUUUGAAGCUGGAUCCCUCUCUUUUUUCUCCACCUUUUACUUGAUUUAAAGAGGUUACAUAGCUAUCAAAACUCCGAACAUGUGUCAUUUGUUAGAUGGCCCUUACCUACAUGUAUUGAAAUUAUAAUGUCUGCUUGUACGAUAUUUUUAAGUUUACAUUUAACUGGUGAUUGACAUGUAGAAAAACUAUUAUUUCCUUCCCCAUGCAAUAUCCUGAGAGGAGAUGUAGACACACAGUGAUUGCAAGACUUUUAGCUUCUGGGCAUAGGCAGUUACAUGCUAACGGGAUAGGGAAAAGAAAACUCCUCACGCAUGUCCGCACACACACACACACACACACACACACACACACACACACACACACAUGGACAGGUAGCAGAUGAAGUGGUUUGCCCUCUGAUCUCACACUGAUCAGGGCUGUGUAAGAUGAAAGGAUGAAGUGCUGCUGAACCACAAGCCCGCAGGCAGACAAACACGGAAGAAUGGGGCUCGUCAUUAAAGAGAUGCCCAGGGCCAGGACUGUUAUUUUGUACCUUUAUUAACAAUUAAUGACAGGAGAAUCAAAGCAGAACUAAUAAGAGAGGUACAGGCUGCAGGAAGCCACGGUUUUUUAAACAAACACACAUAGCCGGCUUAAAAUGUUUGCUUGUUAUUGGUCAUGUUCAGGAUGCCUUGAUAAACUGAACAUGACUUUUUGGUCUCAACAGAGGCUGCAGAAUUGAAUGUGCAUAUUGAAACUUUAUACUCUUCUGACUCUCGGUCUUCACAUAUUGGCAAAGACUGUUGUGUUGAGCAGAUGGAGAUGCCAC